AUGGAAGACCGAGAAAGCCCUACACAUGGGCUGUUGUCGCAUGAAGGAUGGGUAACUCCUCUUUGGUUGGAUUGCGACCCAGGACAUGAUGAUGCAUUUGCGAUUCUCUUAGCUGUCCACCAUCCCGCUCUGAAAUUGUUAGGGAUCAGUACCGUCCAUGGAAACAGCUCGCUCGAGAAUACUACGCGCAAUGCGGGAAGCAUACUAGAAGCCAUUGGCAGAUCAGACAUUCCUGUGUAUCCAGGCGUGGCAAAGCCGUUUUGCAGAGUUGCUGUCCACGCACCAGAUAUUCACGGUGAAUCAGGCCUAGAUGGUACAGAUCUACUCCCAGCACCAACGCGACCCCCGAUGAAAGACUCAAAUGCGAUCCUUGCUAUGCGAAACGCUCUUCUGGCGCAGCCUAAAAACACUGCCUGGCUAGUGGCAACUGGCACACUCACCAAUGUCGGACUUCUUUUCGCAACGUUUCCCGAAGUUGUUGAGCAUGUUCGAGGUGUCAGCAUAAUGGGCGGUGCAAUUGGUAACGGGUUUUCGGAUGCCCCUAUUUGCAAACGGAAAGGGGAGGAAGCUCGAAUUGGAAACACCACACACUGUGCGGAGUUUAAUAUCUACUGUGAUCCCGAAGCCGCGCAAUCCAUCUUUUCAUCCCCGAUUCUCGCAGCAAAAACCACCUUGAUACCUCUAGACUUAACCCACCAGGUGUUAGGUACACCCAAAGUGCAAUCCCUAAUUUUACAGACCGAACCCCAACAAGGCACGAACGGCACUUCAUCAGUCCUCCGCCAGAUCCUGUACGCUCUACUCGUCUUUUUUGCGAAUACCUAUGAAAGUGUCUUUGGUCUAGACGUCGGGCCGCCACUUCACGACCCCGUUGCUGUUGCCGUGCUCCUGUCUAACCUCAACAACCGGAGUAGUGAAAGCAAGGCUCCGGAAUUUCUCCAUUUCGAUGAUAGGGGCGGAGAGCGCUUCCUCGUCAACGUUGUCACCGAUGGACAACAUAGUUCGGACCCGGAACUUACGGGCGAGGUUGGCCGGACUCUUGCUAGCCUCCUAGAACCCGGGAAGGGCGGUGUCACUAUACCACGCGGAGUCGACGUUGAUGGAUUUUGGAAUGUCGUACUUGAUUGCUUGAGGAGGGCGGAUGAUUGGAAUGCAUUACGUGCCAAAAGAGUUCACGAAUUGAAUUGA